CGCACUUUCAUGAUUGGGCACUACGCCGUCCCGUCUGGCCCCUGCGACAACUGCGCAUAUCCUAAUUUCUCACCAUCAGACUGCCCACUGCUAGCCCGCAAUCGUCGUGAUGCUCCAUUUAGCAAUGGUCCAACACAACCAGGCCCUAAUGAUAGCCAGCCUAGCCCUCUUCCAGUUCCCCGAGGCGCCUCAGGUUUUCCCGCGCCGUAGUCUGAUACUCACUCGACCAACCAUUGCUGGCCUAUCCACGGGUGCGAAACAAUCCGGACUCGCUGAUAGCAGUUGACGCUAGCUAGCGGGUCGCCUGACUAAUGGACUAACCGCGACUGGUAGCUAUCGACUAUCUCCUCCUCUACACUUCUUCUUUGUUUGUUUGCUUGCCUGUCUGGCGUCAGUUGAACAUUUCCGAGUUUCUCACUUCUCUAUACACACACAUACACACACACAGGACAACCCAUCAUGGCGCCACAAGAGUCGACCGCGGCCGCCGCGCCGGAUCUGGUCAUUCCACUGCAUUAUUAUGAUAACAACACCAUGUUCACGAGCAUCACCAUGCAUGCCAUCUUUGUCUAUGACCAAGUGCUGGAUCCCGAGAAGCUUCGCUCCAGUCUUUCCCAGCUGGUUGGCCAUGAAACAUGGCAAAAGCUGGGCGCUAGAGUGAAGAAGGGAAGCAAGGGAUACGAGCUACACGUUCCGCGAACAUUCACCUCAGCGCGUCCAGCUAUCGCGUACAAACAUGUUUCUCUCGAUAUGGCAAAGGCAGACCACCCUGCGGCGUCCCGCAUUCCCAGCUCUAGCUCGGCACCCAAAGACCGUCCGGCGCUAAUGGGAAAUCCUGAGGACUGGACCGAACUGUGCUGCGGCGCUGAUGCACCAAAAACUAUUUCAGACUACGUGGGCUCAGAUCGACCCUUGACUGGUCUCCGCGUGGUAUCACUGAAGGAUGCCACUAUUGUCAAUCUCCACUGGCUUCAUGCUGCCGCCGAUGGCAUGGCUCUCAAGGCCAUUCUCGACAAUUGGCAACUUUGUCUUCAGGGCCGCGAAGCAGAGGUACCUUUGCUCCAUGGCUUCGAAGAGGACCCGCUCCGCGAGCUGGGGCUUCACCCCAAAGAAAAGUUCGACCUCGAAGGCUCCGAGCUCUCCAAAUGGGGUACAGCGUCGUACGCGCUCCGGAAUGGUUAUAACAUUGCUAUUGGAGCGAAAGAAACGCGCACAGUGUGCAUUCCAGGGUCUUUCUUGAAAAAACUUCGAGAGACAGCACUCGAGGACUUGAGGAAAGCGGGCGAAACAGAUACAUUUGUUACCGACAACGACCUCAUUACAGCCUGGUUCUCGCGUCUUGCAUUCUCGCACCUUCCUUCGUCCAAGCCCUGCACCAUCAUGCAAGCAAUGUCCAUACGGCGCGCUCUCGAAAAGGAUCUCUUGCCCGCAGGCAGGCCAUAUGUUUCAAACUGCCUCAGUUACACGAGUGUGUUGAAAACCAAGAAGGAGGUUGAUCAGUCUCUGGGACUUUUGGCCAAGGACAUUCGGCGCGGCAUCAACAAGCACGGCUCACGUGAGCAGAUUGAGGCCUAUUGGAGCAUGGGGCGGAAGAACGAGUGGCCACUGGGUCCCAUGCCCAUCUUCUUUGGGCAGUCCAACAUGCACCACAUAGGAUACUCCAACUGGGAGAAGGUACGGGCCAACUUUACGGAUCUCUCAGCAGCAUGCACUACUGGGAAAGAGGGACCUCUGUACCCAUCAUUUGUCACCCAGAUCCAAGGCGGCAUUGCCUAUCCGGACGGUUUCAUCGUGACUGGCGUCGACCCUGCAGGGAAUACAUGGCUUGAGGGAUACCGGCCCGGCGGGCUAUGGGCACACGUGGAGAAGCUGCUCAAGGCAGACAACUGAGAAUGUAGUGAUUAUCCAUGUAUAAAGAAUGUAUUGAGUCGAGCAUGAUUUUGAGCAAAUCCGAAUAAUGUACCCACUUGCAAUGUGCCUUGAAAUUACCAGUCCAGGCUGCGUUGCAGACGGCGGGCGCGCAAAGAGUCGACAGCACCGAGUAGGCGCAUCCGAAGCCCGAUGAAGUCGGCGAAGCGAUAUAUCUGCAGGCAGAGUGUAGGGUAGUUGCCGGUUAAACCAGCGGAGACAGACACUAGAGCGGUAGACAAACAGUUCGCGUGUAAAAAUACUCGUAAAUGCAAUCAAAAAGCAAUAAUGUUAGAGGUUUGGUGCUGACUACGCCACAGGGCGCUCUAAGUAGCAAACGGCCAGGCAAGAUCCAUGUAGGUGCUGACAAGGUUAGGCCGUUGGAGCGUUGACGGCGGAUGGACCGUUGUCAAAAAGACGCGGAUAUCCUAGUCGAGACGCUACAGUAGCCAAGUCACUAGCGUACUCGCGCAUACCGACCCCCACGGCACAGCUCAGCACAGCACAGUACAGUAUGGUACAGUACAGUAUAGUACAGCAUAGCACCGGCUGCAUGGCUAGCACAUGCUCCGCUAUCCAUGCAUGUCACCGUACAAGACAGUCGGCAUCGACUCCCCCUGGAUAUAUCCGACUGCGGAUGAAUCGAAUGUGUCAU